AUGAGGGACGUGGGAGGAAGCGACGACCACAGAGAACGGGCUCGGUCUGGCAGAGGAGAAAGGUCCUCGGAUCGACCGAGAUUCUCUUCCAGGGAGAGCCGCCGCAGCCCCGGCCCCGACGAGAGAGCACGCCAUCGUCACUCGACCUCUCGGCACGCCGAGCACGAACGACGACGCUCACGAGACCGCUCGCGAGACCGCUCGCGGGACCCUUCGCGGCAUCGCAGCCGAGACCGCCCCAGGCACCGUCCAGCCGAGUCUUCGCGUCGGGACACGGAUGGCGGCGACUUGAUUCCCCGGUACCGCACCGACAAGCUGCGCCAUUCUGACGACCACCACCACCACCACCACGACGGCCGCUCACGCUCGCGACGCUCACGCAGCCGUGAACGCGGCACGACCAGCCCCCCCUCGACAUCCAAACGCCAUCGGGACCGCAGUCGCACUCCCGACCGCCACCACAGCCGUCACAGGAAGAGAUCCAAGAGAUCCCACAGCCCCUCUCGACGCGACCGGGACCGGGACCGCUCGCGAGACUCCUCGACGAGGCGGAGGCGACAUUCACCACGCGACCACGACAAGGAGCCGUCACACCGCCGUCACCGUCAUUAUUCACACAGAUCCUCCUCGCCGGCCCAAGACGCCGGUUCUCGUCACAGGCGAGAGUCGGACUCCACCUCGUCCGCGAGACACGACCUCCUCUCGCGGCACUCUCAUUUCCGAGAACGAGACCGAGAUCGAGAGUCGCGCUCGAGAAUCGACACGCUCCCUCCUCCUUCGUCCCGCACCCCAUCACCGGCUGGCCGUCGACGUCACGACUCGUUCCAGCUUCCGCCCGCCUCAUCACGCUCUACCCAGCCUGGUCAGGCAUUCGGCGCCGCUGCCGAGGCGGACCGGCUUGGCAUCGAUUCUGACCGCCCGCCACCAUCGCGGCAGGCACCCCCGCGGUCACCAAAGUCCCACCGCGAACGCAGAGGCCCGCCGGAAGCAGCAGAGGCUCAUUAUUCGUCUCGUUCCGAGGCGGACGACAAGAUGGCCUCGCGGAGUGGCUAUCGCGGCGGCCAUAACGCCGUCUACGCACACAAGUCGUACUACGGAAACGAUGCUCGUGGAGAUGCCCGCGGAGAUUCUCGCGCCGAUCCUCGGGGGGAUCCUCACGGCUACGAACCUUCUCCCCAUCACUCGUACCAAAAUUCGCCCACGAGAUCGCCCUACGGUGCGCAUCGAAGCGGCUGGCAAGGCCAGCUAUCUCCUCCGCAUCAAAACGGCCCCCCGUACCAUCACGGCCACGGCAGUUUCGCCCCGCCGGACGGGCCCUCCGAACACAGUCACCAGCAUCAUGCACGAUCGCCGCCUUACCCUGCACCGUCGGGUCCGAUGCAGCCCUACGCGUCGGGCAAUUAUCGUGGAAACCACCGAGGCAGCUCCUUCCGUUCAAGCUCCUUCUCCGGACGCGGCAGCUAUCGUGGCUCGGGGCCUCCGCAUGCGCAGUGGCCGCCUAGGCCGCCACCUCCCCCCAGGGACGUCGACGACCCCCCGGAGCACAGCAACGGCCGGCGGCAGAGUGCCGCGGGACGACUGGAUGGGGCCGACGACGCGGCCGCGGAGGGUAUGGACGUCGACGCGAGCGCGGUCGAGCCGCCGAACCACGCGCCCGAUCCGGUCGGGAAACCGGAGCGAGAGGUGCCUCCCGUGACCCGGCCGUCGGGUCCCAGCGCCGCGUCCUCACUGUCCGGCAAGUUUAGCUUUUCGUUCAAGCUGUCGUCGAAGCCGACGCCGACGGCGCCGAAGCCCGAGAUCUCCCAAAAGUUCAACGCGGUGCCGCAGAGGAAAGAUGCGGAGCCGAGGGAUGACCGCAGCCGGGAACCUCCUCCCGGUGCCCCGACGGAACCGGCGUCCGUUCGAAGCCGCUCCGAAGCGAAGAACGGGCCCGACGGUCCAAGGUCGGCCGCCCCACGCACGCGGAUGGUGAAGAAGGUGGUGCGAAGACCCAGGCCCCGGCCGACGUUGGCGGCCGACCUCGCGGCCUCGACCUCUGUCUUCUACCGAAAGCCGGGCAACGAAUCCGUCGUCGGCUCGGGGACGUACGGCAAGGUCUUCAAGGGCUUGAACGUCUACACCAAGGGCCUCGUCGCCCUCAAGCGCAUCCGGAUGGAAGGGGAGCGGGAUGGAUUUCCCGUCACGGCCGUGCGGGAGAUCAAACUUCUGCAGUCCCUCCGGCACACCAACAUCGUCACGCUCCAGGAGGUGAUGGUGGAGAAGAACGAUUGCUUCAUGGUGUUCGAGUAUCUCUCCCACGACCUCACCGGCCUGCUCAACCACCCGACCUUCACGUUGGAUCCUGCGCAGAGGAAGCACCUUGCGAAGCAGCUCUUCGAAGGCCUCGAUUACCUGCACACGAGAGGCGUCCUCCACCGGGACAUCAAGGCGGCCAACAUCUUGGUCAGCAACGAAGGGAUCCUGAAGCUCGCCGAUUUCGGUCUCGCUCGCUUCUACGCGAAGCGGCACCAACUGGACUAUACCAACCGCGUCAUCACCAUCUGGUACCGCUCGCCGGAGCUGCUUCUGGGCGAGACCAAGUACACGGCAGCCGUCGACGUGUGGAGCGCGGCCUGCGUCAUGAUCGAGAUCUUCACCCGUCGCGCCAUCUUCCCCGGCGACGGGACCGAGGUCAGCCAGCUCGACAAGAUUUACGGCAUUCUCGGAACGCCGAAUCGGCAGGACUGGCCGGCGCUCGUCGACAUGGCCUGGUUCGAGCUGCUCCGGCCGACGACGAAGCGGAAGAAUGCGUUUGCCGAACAGUACCGGGACAAGCUCACAGCCGCCGCCUUCGACCUCCUGUCGUCCAUGUUCCACUACGAUCCGGCCAAGCGACCGACAGCGGCCGAGGCGUUGCUGCACGACUACUUCACGACGGAGGAACCGCUGCCGAGGCAGGCGAUCGAGCUCGCCGACAUCGACGGUGACUGGCACGAGUUCGAGUCCAAGGCACUGCGCAAGGAGAAUGAGCGGCGGGAGCGGGAGGCUCGACGAGCGGCCAAGGAUGUCACGCGAGACAAGGACAAGGACAAGGACAGGAAACGUGGCGCCGAUGGCGGCCAUGGCCGUGAGAGGGAGCCCAAGCGGGUUCACAUGGACGAUGAGGCUACAUGA